UUCCAUGAUUGUGAUGAAGGAGGUAAAAACUGUUUAACGAGAGAAGAUUUAAAGGUUGCUAUUGUGUCCUUAUUUGGUUACAAACCAUCAAAGAUGAAAAAGGUAAAAGAAUUUUUAGCAGAAUUUUCACUAGCGAUUUAUAGAAAUAUUAAAUCAAUUAAAUGCAUUGAAUUCUGGGAUAUUUAUUAUCAAAUAUUGAUCUUUGCUAUGAAUAAGAAUAAGUUUGUGGAAGCCAUGACUAGCUAUAUUAUUAAACAUGAUGAAGAUGAAGAUAUCAGACACACAUUUUUAGCAUUUGAUACUCAAUGUAAAGGAUUCCUGACAUUUGAAGAUUUACAUAAAGUAGUGAAACAAGUAGCACCACAUUUAAAGCCAAACGUUGUAGAGACUGCUUUUAGGGAGCUGGAUCGAGAUGGUGAUAAAAGAAUAAGCUAUAAAGAUUUUGACUUUAUGAUGAAAUAUGGUACAGAUAUCUGA